AUGGUGCCGAGUGCCAUCCGAAAGGCGAUUGGGGCCAUCAAGGACCAGACAAGCAUCGGCAUAGCCAAGGUCUCGAACAACUUGGCAGUGGAGCUCGAGAUCCUGGUGGUGAAGGCCACCAGCCACGACGAGGACCCUGCCGACGAGAGGCACAUCAGGGAGAUCCUUGCCUUCACCGUGCACUCGAAAGCAUACCUCGACACCUGUAUCACCUUGAUCUCAAGGCGGCUGAGCAAGACGCGUGAUUGGAUGGUGGCCCUCAAGGCCCUCCUGCUCGUGCACCGGAUAGUGGUCGAUGGCCAUCCCAGUUUCGAAGACGAGAUCGUCCUUGCUUCUCACCACGGGAUGCGGCUGCUCAACAUGUCACACUUCCGGGAUGAGGCACACUCGAAUUCGGGGGACCAUUCGGGUUUCGUGAAGUUCUACGCUAUGUAUCUCGAGGAGAAGGUUGAGUUUUCGGUAUUUGAGAAGAGACAGGACGGUGGCGGUUUUGUGCUGAGAGACAUGAAUUUGAUCGUGACGGGAGGUCAAGUGCUGCAAAGAAAGAGAUCAAAUCGAUCAAAGAAAUGA